GAGCACAGGCCCGGUCCCAGGCUCGGCUGCCAAGCAGCAGCAGGAGCCUCUUCCCGCAGAAAUGGUGCCUCCCACGCAGGAGCGAGAUCCCACGGUGUUCGCCGGGUUUUCGGCUCCCGCCGGGAGCUGCGGCCCGGGACUCGCGGGGGUGCUGUGCUUGAACUCUGGACACCUCCUUGUUUUCCUCCUUGCCUCGUGACUUUCAUGGCCUGUCACGGAGGGAAGGCAGAGGAACGAAAGGCGAGAUCCCUGCCUGCUGCUCGCUUCCUGCCUCCUUCCCGCAGCCCGGCCACCGCAGCAGCUCCGAUGGCAACCCCAGCGCCCCAGCCAACCUGCCCGGGGGGGAUUCGGAGCUCCCACGGCUCUCACCUGACCCACCGUCCUCCCAGCACCCGUGUUUGUCCUUGCUUGAUGCUUCGUUUAUUCCCAGAUAUUGGCUAAGACUGCAUCAAACCUGGUAGGAAUUAUGGGGUCGGCGAUCUGAGCCCAGCUCAUCGGUGUUGACUUAUUGCCGACUUUGGCAGGGCAGUGCUGGAUAUGGAUGCCCGUGUGUUGGCUUCUCCUGGAGCUGGGUGCCUGUUCCUCCUGGGCCAAGCCACGCGUGUAAUGGGUUGUUGGAAGUUUUGUGACCUGAUUCCUUGGUGUUUUGGAGUUUCUCAUAACCUAAAUGACUUGGAGAUGGCUUGGAUAAGGGCAGAGUCCUUUUAAUGGGUUGCUCCGGAGGGAGGUGGCUUGGGUUGGAAGAAUAAUGUAUGGGUGACCCAGAUUUUAGAACUGCACCUGAAUUGGGCGAGGAGGAGGCAUCCAUAAUCAGACUUAAGUUGUAACAAAUCUGAGUUCUUGUUAGUUUUUGUUAAUGUUAGGAAGAGCUCGGCUGGCUUCUGUGUAGAGCCUCGUUUUGCCUGGUGGUGGUUGAGGGUGGCAUUUGUCCCGUCCUGCCUGUACAGCAGCCCCGUGGUCUGGGUAGAUCUCAGUGGGUUUAUGCGGUCCAGUUGCUUGUGACAGCAGGUGACUGGGCUUGAGGUUGAUGCUCUCUGAAAUAGUGAGACACAAAUACUUCCUCUGGGAACCUCUUGUGCAUCCUCAUAGACUUUGAUGUAGGAUGUGUCACUGAUGGAGUCUGAAGAAACCAGUGAGGGAGCUACCACUCCCCCAGGAGCCAGCAGCAUCACUGGGGAAGCCUGGGAUUCUUCAGCCGUGGAAGAAGAGCAUCAUGCCACUCACACAGCAGCCAAAAUGAGCACCAGCCCAUCUAACUCUGCAGAGGGAGCAGAGCUCAGCACGCCCAAGGACUGCCUUACUGCUCCAGGGAAAGCAGCAGAGAUGCUGGGCAGACCCUCUAACUCUAUGCAAAAAGUACCAGCAGGACUGGAACAAGGCAGAGGAGAUACAGAGCCUCAAAAGGGACUCUCAGAACUAGAAGGAGAAAUGCUUUUAGAGGAGGGUGGACUGGAUUAUUCUCUGAAACUUAGGCAAUUGGAACUGGUUGGCCUGGAAAGCAGCCAGGACCCUUCCUCUCACAGCAGAGUCCAGGAUGAGCCAGCCCCUGGCAGCCCCAUCCUGCUGGCUGUGAACCUCAGCACUGAGUUUUCUCAGUGCCAGGCAGAACUGACUUUCUGUGGCUCAGACCCUCAGGCCCAGCAAACGAGAUCCCCUUUGGCUGAUGCCAUUUCCUCUCAGAGAGAGACACCUAAGUGCUUUUUGGUGUGUAAAACUGUUUCAGAAGGGCAUUAUAAGGCUGAACCCUUUCUGGAUAAUGUCUCCAAGGAUUCUCUGCAGGAGGUCGAUGCUGGUGUAGAGCAGGAGCAAAGCACCAAAAAGUUGGCACCAGAACCUGGUGAGCAGCCUACCUCAGAAGGAGCAGUAAAUGACACAGCUAAACCUUACACUUCUAAAGAUGUUCAGGAAAACUUAAGAGCACCCCAGGGUUUGGAAGAGAAUACAGAAUCUUCCACUUCACAUCAGCUGUCUUUCGCCUUAACACGUGACAGCCACAUGAGUUCACUACAAGCAGAAGGAAACACCUCAGCUGGUGAAACAGGGAAUACCAGCAUGGUCAAAGGCCAGGGAAUGGUUUCUAAAGAGAACUCAUCUACUUCCAAAUGCCUUCAUCUAGAAGAUGACCACAGAAAAACUGAGGGCAAACCCGGCCCUUCAGCAGAGAGUGCUGUCCAAGGAAAGAGUAUUGCUAAAAGGACAGAGGAAGUGAAUGUUUCACGGCAUAAGGAGUCAGCUUGGGAGGAGGCAGUGUCUGAACUUCAGCAAGAAGAGAAGGAGGAAGAGUGCAAAGAGCAGAAUCUGCUGGAAGAAGGCAAACCUUUAGAGAUCAAAGAUCAGAAAAACAAGGAACAAAAUGAGCAGGAACAACUGCAGAGGGAAGAGCUCAGACCAGGGGAAGAGCUCAAACUAGAGGCUCUAUCAUCAGCUUUUGAGUCAGAGAUACCCUCUGUUCCCAGGCAUAAUGUGGAUGUGUGUGUUUUGGAGUAUGCGUCCUUGUCUGAGCAAACAAAAUCAGCAUUUCCUCCUGGGGAACCUGUCUCUGUGGAACAGCAUCCUGGUGAGGACGUGCUGCUGAAAGCUCAUGUCACAGAAGCGGGUUCUGAAUGUCAGCCACCUGCUGUCAGCCCUCUGUCCUCAAAUAACCUGAACCCAGGGGGGGAAGCUCCACACCUGUGCCACGUCUCUGACCAGGCAGAAGACCUGGAGGACUCUGGCAGCUUUUCCAUCGGUGGUCAGGAUAUUGGAGAAGCUCACUGGGAUGAUAAGACACGACUGAACAGGGAGAAUGAGCACAGUGAUGGCCACAGAAAAGCUGUCCAGAGGUUUGAUAUAAGAGAUGCAUCACUCUGUGGAGGGGUGACAGCACCUUUUAGCACAGAGAACCCAGAGGCUCUUGUUCCAGCACACCGUUCCUCUGGUACCAGUAACUUAGAGCCACCUGAUCCCAAAGAUCUUCAUCCCAUUACAGGAGAAGCUGAGCUGUGGGACUCCACUCCAGCUUGCCCCUCAGAGCUCACCUCAACAUGUGUUCCAGAGCAGGAGGAUGCCAGAACAGCCUCUGUGACCCCUGAGCACUGUCCUGGCACCAGCCUGAAUGAGCUGCCAGACUCUGCAGGGAAGCCACCCAACCAAGCUGCUCCUGCACGAGGGUGGGACCCAACACCAGCAGAAACUGCUGUUGUAAGGACACCUCCAGGGGAGGCCAAGACUUCCCAUGAACUCCUUACUUCUGAGGAGGGUUUUCAUGAGGACCUUAGUGGCCCAUCUUCUUUCUCUGUAACGUACACGAGCUCCCUUCCUCUACAAGGGAGCUUUCCUGGGGAUAGGAGGUUUGUGGCUAGUACUGCAGGGCCUCUGGAAGCAUCCCAAACACCAGGAAGGACUUCCACUCCCCUGAGCCACCCAGAGACAAUUCAGCAAAACUCUCCCCAAAAAAGUGCCAUUAGCCAAGAAAAAGAAACAGGAGAAAAUGUGGAUCAUAAAGCACAAGUGCCUUUAUUUGAUGAGCAUGACUGCAGUUUAUACCAAAAAGAGCCUGGAUCCAGAAUUUCCAGUAUCCUGAGCACCCUAACUUGGCCCUCCGAAGAUGAUACGGUCCUUGCUGUGAACGAGCAAGGACAACCUCUGUCCCCUGUGUCCCACUCAAGCCUACCUCUGGUCUCUGAGCCUGAUGCCAAACAGCUUCCUCAUCCUCCUUCCCACGUCCAAAGGCCCAGUCAAACUCAGGCCCCUGCACUCCACGCAAAUCACCUUGUUCCACCUCCAGCCCCUGAAGGUUACCAGCCACUGGCUCCUGGACCGCGCUCCAGGCCCUCCCUCAGCUGUGGGAUGGAUGAUGGUAAGCUGGGAGCUAUUCACCCCACUCCAAGCCAUCCUCUCCGGACUGCCACCUCUGCAGCUGAUUCCAACUCCCUGGCCUCUGCUUCUGAUGGAGAAAGUCUAGCAGAGAGAGAUGGCCUUGUUCCAGCGAGUGGAGAGUGGGAUCUCGGAGACUCAGGUCCUCAUGAUACAGAGACUUCUGAUGACUCAGGGGUCAGUUUGCUGACCAAAAGUUUUUCAGCUCUUGGAAAUGAAAUGUUGGUUGGCUGCUCUGACGCCAGCCCUGAAACAGCAGAUCACCACAUGGAUAUAGAGAGUGGAAAAUCCUCACCUGACCACCCUUCUUGGCCCUCAUUGGAAGGCCUGAUAGCAUCCCCAGACUCCAAGAGCAGAGACUCUGCACAGCUCCUUCCAAUGCUUGCAUUCACCAAUCCAAUCCACUUCCUCCAGCUCAGCCCUCCGUCACCCCCAACCACUAAAACAACCUGCCAGGACGAGGAGCUGCGAUGGGAGCAGCCUGCAGGCAGCUUCAAUGUGGACACAAAGAACAUCCAGGCUCCACUGGCAGUCACAGACAAAACAGAAGGUGAGAGGAGGGUCAGGCAAAGGCUGGAAGGAGGAGAACACCAGCCAAAGGGUGAAAUGGCCAAACAUGCACCCCUGGAAAAAUCAUCAAGUUGGCCAGACAAAAAAAAUAUUGGGGUAGCUGUGCAGGAGCCAGCAGCCAAUCAAGAAAACACAAUUAAAAGCCGAGUAAAAUCCAAGGACUGGCACCGUCAAGGCCUGAAGAGGAUGUCAGUGCCACCAGACAUCUUGCAGCAGGUUUCUUCUGUUCCUUCAGAGGAAGAAGCUCACAAAGCACACAGGGAGCCACCAGUCAGCUCAGAAACAGUUAUAAUGCGAGAGAAGAAACCUGCAGACACAACAGAGAAUUUCAAGCGCCGGCACUCCAAACUGAUCAACUCCUCAAGAUUGCUGUAUCAGGAGUACAGUGAUGUGGCUCUGAAUAAGGCCAUCCAAAGCCAGAAGAGAGUGGAUUAUCCAGAGGAUAUAGAGUCAAGUUUCCCAAGUUCCCCGAGGCUACGGAGGAAAGUGCUGUCUCCCCAGGACUCAUAUUUGCAACGUCUGUCAGUCUCAUCUAAUGCAUCCCUCUGGCAGGACAUCCCCAUGGUGCGGGGCAGCAGAAUACUGCUCAACAUGUCCCGUGAGGAGCAGAGGCUGCAGGAGGCCAAGUUUGAGUUGAUAAUGUCUGAGGCUUCCUACCUGCGCAGUUUGAACGUGGCCGUGGAUCACUUCCAGCGCUCAGCAGAGCUCCAGGCAAUGCUCACCAACCAGGAGCGCCAGUGGCUCUUCUCCCGCCUCUCCGAUGUGCGCGAUGUCAGCGCCAGUUUCCUCUUUGACUUGGAGGAGAAAUUUGAAGAGGACAUGUUCACCUUCCAUGUGUGUGACGUGGCUCUGAAGCACGCUCCUGACUUCCGCCGGGUGUAUCUGCCAUACGUGACAAACCAGACAUAUCAGGAGCAAACCUUCCAGAGGCUACUAAAUGGAAAUGCAGGGUUCCAGCAAGUCCUGGAGAGAUUGGAAAGUGAUCCAGUGUGCCAGCGCCUCUCACUUAAAUCCUUCCUCAUCCUCCCCUUCCAGCGCAUCACUCGACUCAAACUCCUCCUACAGAAUAUCCUGAAAAGAACCCGGCCCGGGUCUGAGGAGGAAGUGCAAGCAACGCAAGCCUAUGAUGCACUUGAAAAGCUCAUCAAGGAUUGCAAUGAGAAUGUCCAGCGCAUGAAGAGCACUGAAGAGCUGAUCUACCUCAGCCAGAAGAUUGAAUUUGAGUGUAAGAUAUUCCCACUCAUCUCACAGUCGAGGCGACUUGUGAAGCGUGGUGAGUUGACAGCACUGGACUUCAACAACCUGAGUCCAAAAUGGAAAGUCACCUCCCGACCCAUCUACCUGCACCUUUUCAAUGACUGUCUGCUCCUGUCUCGGCCCAAGGAGGGUGGACGCUUUGUUGUGUUUGACCACGCUGCUUUCUCGUAUGUGCGUGGGGAGAAGUGCGAGAUGAAACUGCAUGGGGCAAACAAGAAUCUGUUCCGUCUCUUUCUGCUUCAGAAUAACCAGGGGAAGAGAGUGGAGUUCUUGUUUCGGACAGAGACACACAGUGAGAAGCUGAGGUGGAUCUCUGCUUUGGCUCCUCCACGGGGAGAACCAGAUCUCCUGGAAUGUCCUGAUGCACCACAGGUUCAGUGCAUAAAGGCUUACAAGGCUCGGGAAAACGAUGAGCUGGCUUUGGAGAAGGCAGAUAUCGUCAUGGUUAUGCAGUACAGCAAUGAUGGGUGGAUAGAAGGAGUAAAACUCUCAGACCGGGAGAGAGGCUGGUUCCCCUCGGAACACGUGGAAAACAUCUCCAGCAAACACGUGCGGCAGAAGAACCUGAAGGAGGAGCAACGGGUGAAGAAUGCCAAGCAGCAGGUCUUCUGCAAGAAAUAAGACUCUGUUUGGACUUGUACAGUCUCCCUGCCAUGGGGAAACCAUGGCUUUUCUAUCGUGCCUCAGAAGAAAUGCCUCUGCAAAGAGCAUAAUACACAGCACUUUGACAGGACUGGAUGCUUUUUGCCAAAGAAAGCGAGAAUUCAAUCAGGAAAAACUUCCUCUGUGUCAGCAGGACUAUGGCAGCAAGAGCAGGAAGAAAGGUUGCAUGUAUUGCUUGCUUUGUGGUAGUAGGGAGGGACUUAAAUCCGACAGAGGUCUGGGGUCUCGACUUCUGAAAACAUAUUCCUUGUUUUGCCACUGACAAGUUGCGGGACCUUACGCAUGUCACUUCAGAGUUCUGCCUCAGUUUUGCCAUCUGCAAAAUGGGGGUAAAUUUGCCUACCUCACUGCAUGUUGUGAGGCUAAAUUCACUAGUAUUAGCAGCCUGAGAGCUUCGAGUUCCUGAGAAGGAAGGUGCUAAGUGCAAAGCACAACAGAGCUGAGAAGAAUAUUUCGUUUGAAUAUCCUCUGGAAACCUUCAUGGCGUUGAUCUCCAUAGUGUAAUUUCCAUUUAGGGUAAUUUAUGUAUUAGAUCAUGCAAGUCUACUGGGGUUCAGAUUGGCAAAUAUUUCAUUGUACUGAAAUGCUCUUAAGAGUCCUUGACAGCAUUACAAAAUCCACUGGAAUUAAGCAGAUUUUUCAGAAGCCACUGUGAUGAUUUCCCCCACAUAAGAGGUAUCAUGCUGAGGAAUCUGCUUCACAAAGGUCACCUCUCUUCUGAACAAGCCAUCUGAACUGACCUUUUUUUUUUAAACUCUGCCUCCCCCUGGAACUAGAUCAGUGACAAAGAAAUAGAAAUCUAUUUCGUGUUGGUACACGUCUGCCCCGUACAAAAUAACCAGGACUAGGCACAUGUAACGAAGUGGCACUUAACUGCUGCUCUUACUCUGAUUGCUGAUGUGGUAUUGCAUGCACCAUUUUGCACACUUACGGAGAACACUGAGAUAUUUAGCCACUGUAGAUAAAGUCAAAAUAUGCACCAGGGCCUUUGUGGCCUUUGUUCACUUUUUAAGAACUCUCUGGUUUUAAUUCCAGUUUACAUGCAUUUGUGCAAAACCUGUCUGUUUGAGGAUAUGCCUUCAACUGUAAAAUACUGUUUCUGUGUUAAAGUGUUCAGCUCAGUCAAUGCAAGACCAAGCUUAAGAAUCAAUACACCAAAGAAAGCCACGUGUAGCCUCUUGCAUUUAAUAUAUUUGAAGAAUUAGUUACCAUCCUGUCUCCAGCUUUCUGUCUCUGUAACAUUCUGCCUUUAAAUCCCACUUACAUUGUAUCUAGAAUAGCCUAUUACAGCCUAUUUAUAUCAAUAAUUUUAGCUGGAUUAAAAGAAAAAAGAGUUGCUUUUAGUCCUAAUAAACUCAUGCACUUCUCCAGUUAAAAACC